AUGUAUUGCAUAGAACUUAUGGUAAUAAUUGGAUACAUAUGUAGUUUUAUACCUCAGGAAAUAAUACGGUGUUACCGUGUUUACCGCGUUUACUAUUUUAUAUCAUAAUUUUAAAUUCCAUUCCUUUGCUUUGGGAUAUAUAAAUUAAACACAAAUAGUUAUAAUUUUGCACAAAAAAUUUGUGCAGAGAUUAAACCGAAUAUACCGGCCAAUGCAUGAGCUAUCUGCCUAAAAUUGCUAUCUUCAGUAUACCUGAGUAUUGUCAAAAAUUAAUGCAACAAGUUCAGGCUUUUCUCUAAGAUCAAUCUACUCGAUAUAGUGAUUUCUGGCUUUCCAACUGUCUUUAAACUUUAGUGUUAGUCAAUACACGCGGUAUUUUAUUAUUCUGUACUGGCAUAGAAAACGCUGACGCGGUUAUAGCCGAGAUUACAACAACGCACCCAUGGUUUCUUUUCGCUAUUUGGCGCCAAAUCGACAUACCAAUUGCAGAUAGGUCUUCUUUUCCCCCUGCUUCCACGGGCGGGUACUGUAUCAGAAACCUUCAAAGCUUGAAUGUUCUCUUCCAACUGGAUAAAAUGGCCUGAUCAGUUCGUUAUUAUAUUAUUAUAACUAAUGCCCACAUACAGAUUUGGCAAUGGCAAUGGCAAUGGCAAUAGAUUUGACAGUUAGUAUACAAUAAACUUUUACGUAAAUAACGCAGCGGCAGGGCUGAGUGGAUGAAAACUUCGAUUUUGACAGCGAGUUGGGGAGUAAAGUUGGUUGUAGAAAACCAAGAAAUUAUAAUUUUUUGAAACAUCACUUGUCGCGAGAUGUUUAAUGGAUGUUAAACAUAAAAAGUGCGGAAUAAUCAUGUCAAAUGUUGAUGUUCAUUGCGAUAAUGGUGCCGUACGAAUAAUAGUUCGUGAAAGACCAGUACGAGAUGCACAAGGAUUUCAAGAGGACUCUUCAAGUGUAAUUUCAUACCUAGAAGGCACUCCCAAUGUGCUUCUUGCGGACGGAAGACCAUUUACUUUUGAUAAGGUCCUAGGCCCAAAUGCUUCACAGGAACAGUUAUUCCGUGAUGUUAGUUUCUUAGUUGAAAAAGUAAAACAAGGUUAUAAUUGUACAGCGUUAGCUUAUGGGCAAACUGGUACUGGUAAAUCUUAUUCGAUGGGGCUUAAUUACAACGCUUGUGACGGAGAGUUUGUCGGAAUUAUUCCAAGAUGUUUGAAAGAAAUACUAAACACAUCUCUGAAUAAUACUUCAAAAAGCCAUUUAGGAUCAAUUGAGCUAAACGCGUCAUUUAUAGAAAUAUAUAAUGAAAAAGUGUUUGACUUGCUAAGUGACAAGAGUAUGGAUCCAAUCUCUUCUCGAGGAUACAAAUGUACGGGUGGCACUCGAAAGGUUCUCAAAUCUUUAGAAGAUUGUUAUAGUGUCCUACUCCAAGGUAACAAGAAUAGACAUGUGAGACCAACCAAAAUGAAUUCACAAAGUUCAAGAUCACAUGCAAUUUUUACAAUUCAUAUAAAUACUUUUUCUGGAAAUGGUGUUCUUAGUACCAGGUUAAAUUUAGUAGAUUUAGCUGGUUCAGAGGGUGUGCGCAGAACAGGUCAUCAAGGAAUGGCGAUGUCAGAAGGAGUCAACAUAAAUCAAGGUCUUUUAUCCAUUGGUAAAGUUUUACAGGCUAAAGCGCUUGGGCAUAAAGUGGUACCAUAUCGUGAUAGUGUAUUGACUUCAGUUUUACAAGAUUCGCUCAAUGAUAACUCAUAUUUAACACUUUUGGCUUGCAUUAGUCCUCAUCGUUCAGAUUUAUCUGAGACCUUAUCAACUCUUCGUUUUGCCCAAAGUGUGAAACAAUUGAAACACUCACCGCACAUAAAUUUUAUAGCAACAGAUAUAAAGAAAAAUCGCUUGAAAACUCCAAAGAAACCGCUCAUGACACCAGUACCUGCCAAGCCACCAUUUUCUAAAAAUACCAUCAACAUGGGAAUAAAGGUUUUAAAACCUAUUUAUCAUAGUAACACAUUUUGUACUCCGAGCAAGUUGAAAAGAUACGCUAAUGCCGAUAAACUGAACCGAUCGGAAAUUGGUUUAACACCCAAGCAAAAGGAAAAAGAGCAAACAGGUCUUUUUCAGUCUUCUGUCUCUGAACUUCCUAUAGUGCACUCAAAAUUGCUACAAACCAAUCGAGAAUCAACCAUUAUAAUGGAUAAAUCCCUCGAUUCUCGAGCUUCGAUUAUGAGUUUGAAUGUGUCAUCAUCAACAGUGGUAGGAAAUGAUGGGAUCGCAUCAAGUAAAGUCAUAAGCUACAGUCCCGUCGUGCGAAAGUGUAUGGUAGAAAUAGAAAACGUGAUGGAUAGCAAAAUGUCACAAUUAAUGGAAACUUUAAAAGAUCUAAAUAAGGAUAAUAUUCAACAUCGGUCUGAAAUCAUGGCCACUCCAUGGCCAAGUACGGCUGAUUCAGUUAGUGCAGGACCACUUCCACUUGCACUCCGUAAUGAGUUAAAGACUAUUAUACAAGAAGUAUUAAAAGAAAAUGUUAAAUCAAAUAUUAAAACUUCGGACGAUGCAAAUAGAUCCGAGUCAAUAUUAUUAGAUUCUUCUCUUUUAAGGAAUGAUCCUAAAUGUCAAUUGUUUGCUACAAGUAGUCCAGUUUUCAAAGUCCCAUCUGCACCUAAUAAAGAAUUAAAUAGUUCUGCAAAUUCUUCUAAGAUAAAACAGAUGUCUCUGAAAGUAAUGGAAAUCGAUGAAGAAGCUAAACGUUACAAAACUGCAAUAAGAAGAUCUAGGCGGAUUUCUGCAGUAAGGGGGGAAGUGGUAUUACACAGUUCAUUCAAUGAUUUAAGAGGACAAGGUUGUAUUAAUGAAGCAUUACGACGUUCUAGUCGCAUUUCGAAAAUUGGGGAACAAACUGAAUUGCAGAGAGUAAACGAUUCUUCUAUGAUAACGCUAAGCUCAAUGCCACAAAAAGAAAAUAUAUGGUAUAUUGAAAGACGGAAAGAGAAGGAUGGAAAUGGAGGAACCAAACAAGUCUCUAAAGCACAUAAUAAGGCAAGUCAUCGUAAAUCUUCCUUAAACAACAACAUAAUUGAGAGUUACUUUACGACUGACCGGCAAAAGUCAAGUUCACACAUCAACGGAAAAGAAAAGAAAUCGAAUAUUUUGAAACAUCGAGCGGCAGUAUUAAAUUUAUUAAAUUCUGGCUCUAUGAAAGAAUUGCAAGUACUGCCUCAGAUAGGUCAAAAAACGGCAUAUCAAUUGGUAACUCAGAGAACAUUGAACGGAAAAUUUAAAAAUAUAUCACAACUUGAAAAACUCACAAUAUGGCGUGGAAGCUCAUGGACACGUUUUGCGCAAGCUAAUUUGCUCAUUGAUUAAAACGGCUUCCGACAUUUUCUUUAUUUAAAGCAAUAUUUAUUUAACAUCUGGUGUUAUGUAGUAAUGCAACUAAUUACGUUUUUAUUGUAAUAUUAUAUUCAUUAAAU